GGACCAGUCUGUCUAUACUAGGCUGGAUAUCACGGCUGGGAGGAUGAGGGCGGAUCUGCCAAGGUUGGGUGGUUGUUUUCUGGAGCAGAUUCUGUCGCUGGUUCUGUGCAUAAAAGGUCAUCAUCAUCCAUCCUAUACCAUUCCAUCCAUACCAUUGCACUCUUUACCCUCACAAUAUACCUCCAUCUCAAAUCUAUCAUCUUCAAAAUCUCCAUCAUGUCUACCACAUCCACCUUAUCCACCGCUACCACCACCGGUACAGCCUCAACCGCCACCUCCAGCUGCUCAGCAAAGCUCUACGACAUCCCAACCCACGAUGCCGCCUGCGCAAUGCCCAUGCGCAACAACAACUCGGCCAUCAUGAGCAGUUGCUGCGGUGAAGCCUCCGUCGUCUCCUACGACGACUGCGACUACUACUGCCUCGCCCGGGGCCAGAAUGUCGGCGACCUCGCCACGUGUCUCAUCAAGGCUUCCGAGGCCGGCGAGGUCUGGUGUAACACCAACGCCAAUGCGACGGCCAGUGCGUCCGUCACCGUCGGGACGAUUGUUGCUACCGGGUCCAGUGCUAGUUCCACCGGUGACUCGACUGAGGCGUCUGCUACCUCUUCCAGCGCGGCGGGGAGGAUUCAGGCGCCGAUGACAUUGUCCAAGUCGGCUGCUGGGGUGCUUGCGAUGUUGGUUCUUGGAUCGACUGCUCAGUUGGUGCUUUAAGUUGUUAUUAUACUGUUAGGGAGGAUGUGAGUUGGAGGUUCAAUGUGCAGAAUAGAUUGUUUGCAUUAUGAAGUAACUGUGGGUUCGAUUCUUUCCGCGUAUUAUUAUUUCCUUAUACUUGAACCUGUGAUGCGUCUCAAUUUAUCCUAUAGCACGUUCAGCCCUGUAGUCUGUUAGAUAUAUACCUGAUCUGCCGUACGUGAUGCAUGCCCAGGGUG